AUGUCGCGCUCAAAUCCGCAUCAGAUCACUGCUCAGAAAUGCAUCGCCAAGUUGACCGCGCACAUUGCAUCACCCUUGCGACCCGCGGCCGUCCUCGGCGAGGAAGAGCGUGCGGCAAUCAUCAGUGCGUUUUCGCAAUGGAGAUGUCGAACAGCCUCGGCCAAACUGUGGUUGGCAGCCCGCUACCCCAACCCAGACUCCGUUCCACACUCAUUGAUCCUCGGCAUGAGUGACCUUGAGGAGGACAUUGAUAACCUGGCCUUCGUCGCAGCUCGCAUGGCUCUUGGUGUUCUCCUAGACGUCGCCCAGGGUGUGGCCCGCAGUCGGAUCAACAUUCCGACAAAGACGAGCGCAGGUCAGCCGCAGCCGCUGAUCUCCAGCUGGGAUCACGCCGAGGCUGAAUUGCUGCAGAGAAUCGAGCAACAACGUGACCUCGAUCGUUUGGGCGAUGCCGUGGAGCUCUUCCGGCGUUUGGUGAUCAGAGACUACUACGGCACCACCGUCACUCAAAUUCGGACCCGCGUCGAUGACCUCAAGAUCGGAGCUUGCCGUUUGAGUCCCCACCCCGUAUCGGAAUGCCCGCGCCUGAAGCUUUUGGGGAGGUCCGAACAGCAGCUGCUCGGCGACCUUGCCGACGCAGCACGCCAGCUCUGGACAGAGUUUGCAGACCCUGCUCAGCUUGUGGCUCGCUACCAGGUCGAGACGACGAUAGACUCCCAGCUAGUCAAAAAUCGUCAAUUUGAAAUCUUCGAGCUGCUCAACGGAAUGGUAGGAGAGGCGCUCGACUGCACCUGUGAUGUCAAGCUGGGCGGCGCAAGCAAGACCAGGCCUGUCACAACCAAAUGGCCCAAGACCCAAGUCCAAGGUUGGCGGUUUCGAUUUUCUGUCCUGGUCCAACACGUACGGUAUUCCUUGCCGCUAAUACGAUUUAUGCUGCGCGCGGCACCCAAUCGACCAAAACUGAGCCAGAAGAAGGCAUCCGAAGCAGCCAGAAAUAUGCGCACCUGGUACCGUGUUAGAGCGGCCAUUGUCUGCCGUGGAUAUCGUCACGCGGUAUUGCUGUUUGCUGUCGCAGUCCUCGUCAACGCGUCGUUCAACAUUCUUGUGGGCGGUUUCCUGGGCAAUGAUCCCGUCGCAGAUAUACGCGUUGCUCUCGCACGGCCAGACCUUCUGUGGUCGGAAACCCUGGAAACGCCUCCAUCUUCCUACGUUUCUUUCCAUCUACAAUUUGCCUCCCUUAUUUUUACCGCAAAGAUGGCCGCCUCGGGUCUAUUGAGUACUUUCUACCCAGGCUCGAGAUCGCAUGGCGUGGCUGCCAUGUCUGCGCCAAUUUCCGACUUGCUAAAGGUUGCCUUGAUGGCCUCAACGUUGGCGAUAUUACAACGUGUGUUUUGCCUCGCGGUGCGACUAGUCUCGCUGGGAAUUGUAUUUAAGGCCCUUCACGGCGGCACUGUUAGGGGCUGGAAGCUUCUCAUGACCCAUGACCCCACGGGCCCCCGAUCCGACCCGUCGUGGUAUUAUGCAGUGAUCCAAAUCAUCUUUUGCAUCGUCAAUACCGCAACCCUUGUCACUGUUCUAAUCAUGCUCGUGUCCAAGCGCCGCUUCGCCUUGCCAUUUAUGGUGUGGGCGGCGGCACGCUGCGUCUGGUACGCCGUCGGUCACCGCUCCGUCGUCUACCUGCCGCUCGAGGCCGCCAACUUUUUCGUCGCUGUUGGGUUCGCCAUCCUGGGUGUUCUGUCCUUCCUCGAAGAGUUUCUCUGGGACCCGGUGCGGCUCGAAGCUAGUCGCUGUCUCGAUGUCAUGAGUCGGGAUGCUGCUUUGCUGGCGUACAAGGAGGCGGGGAAGCGUGCCUGUCACCGUCGAAGAGAAGACGAGCGGCUGUGGCAUUUUCGUGGUAGCGCAAAAUACUAA